CGAAUGCCGCAUCGUUUGAAGUGCAGUUACGUCGCCUUGGUAGCACAGACCACUAUCUGCGGACGGGUAAAUUAACCUAAUCAAUUCCCGCGGUCGUAGCGUUCCCGUGGUUCUAUUGGAAGAAGCAGUGUACACAAUUAUCGUCAAAAUCGGCAUACAAAAUGGUUCUCAAACUUGCCCAGUUCGCUAGCCGUGCUAUCGGAGGACGUGCCUACUAUUCUACCUCCGGCAAGAGAAACGAUGUUGUGAUCGUGGCCGCCACCCGUACCCCUAUUGGAAGCUUCCAGAGCAGCUUGUCAUCGCUUUCGGCUUCCCAGCUCGGUGCCGUUGCCGUUGAGUCGGUUGUGAAGCAGGCUGGCAUUGGCAAGGAGGAUGUGCAGGAGGUGUACAUUGGCAAUGUAAAUGCGGCCGGGAUGGGACAGGCACCAGCCCGCCAGGCUGUCAUUUUUGCCGGGCUUCCGAAGUCGACCAUCUGCACCACGGUGAAUAAGGUGUGUUCGUCGGGUAUGAAGAGCAUUAUGCUCGGGGCACAAACGCUGAUGCUUGGCCAGCAGGAAGUGAUCGUAGCCGGCGGUAUGGAAUCGAUGUCGAACGUGCCAUACUAUCUGAAGCGUGGCAGUACACCGUACGGUGGCGUUAACCUGAUCGAUGGCAUUGUGUUCGAUGGGCUGACGGAUGUAUACAACAAGUUCCAUAUGGGGAAUUGUGCGGAAAACACAGCCAAACAGAUGGGUAUUACGCGCAAGGAUCAGGACGAGUUUGCCAUUAACAGCUACAAGCGCAGUGCUGCCGCCUGGAGUGCGAAAGCAUUCGAUGCGGAAAUCACACCGGUGCGCAUUGCGGGCAAGCGUGGCAAACCGGAUAUCGUCGUGGCGGAGGACGAAGAGUACAAGCGGGUAAACUUUGACAAGUUCGGACAGCUGGCGACCGUGUUCCAGCGGGAAAAUGGUACCGUAACGGCGGGAAAUGCUUCAACGCUGAACGAUGGUGCAUCGGCCGUUGUGCUGAUGACGGCCGCAGCUGCGGAACGUUUCAAGUGCAAACCGUUGGCACGGGUAGUCGGUUUUGCCGAUGCGGAGACGGAUCCGAUCGAUUUUCCGAUCGCUCCAGCGCUUGCCGUGCCGAAGCUGCUGAAACAGACGGGCGUACGCAAGGAGGAUGUGGCAAUGUGGGAAAUUAAUGAAGCAUUUUCGCUGGUAGUUGUCGCCAAUCAGCGCAAGCUUGACAUCGAUCCAGAGAAGGUAAACAUCCACGGUGGAGCAGUUUCGCUCGGUCAUCCGAUCGGAAUGUCCGGUGCCCGUUUGGUGACCCAUCUGACACACGCCCUCAAAGCGGGACAGAUUGGUUGUGCCUCGAUUUGCAACGGUGGAGGUGGUGCAUCGUCGAUUCUGAUUGAAAAGCUGUAAGCAACAUUUCUUUUCCCGUCAAUUCCAGUGCAAUGGGGAGUGGGAUUUCUUACAAAAAAAUACCUCGAGUGUUGUUAAGACUCAGUUUAGAGGAUCGUGGGAGAAACAAUAACGAAAGUGCAUUUAUUAGAAUAGUUCACCACGGACAUGGUGGCGACACGAUCCCCUUACAACAAGUUGCCCAUCAAAUGAAACGUAUAUUUUGCUAUGCUACAAGCGAUUUUUUAAAUUCAAUAAAAUUGAAACCUAAAA